AGUCCCAAAGAAGUUAAAGCAGUCGAAUCGCUUAUGCGGAGGCGAUUAAAAUAAUUGAGAAACAAGUGAUGCUAGUGAAGAUAUAGUAGUGGAUACACCACAGCCUGAAGUAAAUGUUUGCUGCCAGACAGAAUAAAACCUGUGUGUCUUUAAAAAGGAGAUUUUUUUUGGCAUUCAUUGCCACAGUUAGAAACUGUAGAGCACAAAGAACUCAAAAAAACUGGACAUUAUUGUGGCUGUGGCAGAAAAGUUUUUGGGACUCAAGGAUUUUACAUUGAAGACUUGCAAGAGGUACUGGCGCGGGAAGACCUGCCCUGGUACUGGCGCGGGAAGACCUGUUCCCCUUGAGCCUGUGUAGGGAUCAGAUCUGUUUCAUUAAUUUAUUUUUAACAGAAAAGUUGUUAUAUUUUAUUAUUUUUUGGGGGGGAAUCCUGUUUCCAUCCCGUGUAGUUGGUGUCGGGAUGCACAUUAAAUUGUGUGGUCGCCAAGAUGCCGUAGAAGACGUUUCGGGCAGGACAGAGAAAGGAUUAAACAAUUUUGUGACAGCCAGGAAGAUACAACUUGGAAUGKUAGCUAAGAUGCUUAACUUAUCAUGAAGUUAGCAUGCCAAUAGGACGAACUCCACAACAACUGAACAUAGUUGGCUUGCACCRCCUGGAUAGCUAGCRUUAGCCGGCUAACGUUACUGCUGACUAGUAGCAGGCUGGCUAGCUAGCCCUACCUGGCUACUGGCUAUAGUCAUGCUCGCUAGUAGUAGYUAGUKGAAGUAAGWUAGUCYCUCGACCAGCUACAAGAUGAAACUGCCCGGCCAGAGGUACCUGCUGCAGAAAGGUGAGAUUUCUACAGUACUUUCUGUAGCUAAUUUAGCUAGAUAGUCUGUCUGGCUGGUGCUUAUUGACUGAGUAGGCUAAUAAYGAACUGCAGUUAUUGUGAAUGGUUACCCAUCUGGCCCUUUGCAUAGCUAUUUCUUACACAUUCAAUACAACUAUAUCCAGUUAGCUAYAGUCAAUGCUGAUAUUGUGUGUGUAUAUGUGGGGGGGGGGGCAGAAUGUGCCUGCAAAAGGACAGACGGCAUCUGAGUAGAUCAUCAACUUCAUCCAGUUACAUCAGCCAAUASAGUAAGUUACAAUCGGGGUCUGCCCUGACAGUCCUGACGAACGACGGAGAGGACUACAUCUUCACCACGGCAAACAGAUCCCUCUGUCCAGACCUUCAGUUCUGUUACCGGUACAAGAAAUUCACGACCUACUUCCAUCAACUGUUCAGUCGUCUAGAGUGUUGAGCAGUCAGCUAUCGGGAGGAGCUGCCAACCUGAGGGAGUGACACCAAUAAGGCAGCAUGCGAAUCCUUCAGGGUAAAAUCCUCCAGAGGACAAAAGUGUUAAAUCUCCCUGCGCCUGGAGGUUUACUAUGAGGCACGGGUGACUGACGUUGUCCUUGGCCGCUGGGAAACGUUCCAGCACUCACAUCUUCUGGCCCAGGAUAGUAGCGUCAACCCAUCUGACAUCGAGCAGGUGUGGGGAGAAGCAGUACAGGGUGAAGGGUACCACACCAGGCCAGACCUAUACUGUGGACAUGCAUUUGUCCAGUAGGGCUCACGGGAGCUCCAUGCAGACACCAGGCUGCUGUGGUCCAGAUAUACAAAUGCCUGUCCAGCAACUUCCUCCUGACAUCAUCGGAGAUGAGGGAUGAGUUGCUGAAGACAACAGGAGAUGGAUACCCUUUCACUACCCGUGGUGUGGGAAAAGGAUACAUCAACACCCUGGAAAGAUGUUUGUGGUGCACUCACUCAUAACAUGUUUUUGAGUGAUUAAUGAGUAUCAUCUUCAAGGUUGAUAAGAAGCCAUCAGUUACAAGUCAAAAAUACAGAUUAAGGCCUUCAAUCAAACUGAGGACAGAGAAAUAUGUGUGCACCGGGUCAAGGCUUCUUGCAUGCAUCACUUUUAGAUGGUUUGACUAUAAGACGUGUAACGUGCUGGUGGCCCUAGAGCCCCAAGCAGAGGAGAUAUCAGUAUGUGUGUUUGAAGGCAAGGAUCAGGAUGACAUCGGAGCCGGAGAUCAGGGCCUGAUGUUUGGCUAUGCUACAGAUGAGACAGAGGAGUGUAUGCCUCUCACCAUCCUACUGGCCCACAAACUCAACCACAAGAUAAAGGAGCUGUCUGCCAACGGGGAGUGUCCUUGGAUCAGACCGGACUCUAAAACUCAGGUUACAGUGGAGUACCGUGAUAACAGUGGGGCCAUGGAGCCGGUGCGUGUCCAUACAGUGGUCAUCUCUGUGCAGCACAGCCCUGAUGUCAGUCUGGAAGAGAUACGCCGUAGCCUGAUGGACAGCGUGGUCCGGAAGGUCAUCCCUGCCCGUUACCUAGACGACAAGACCAUCUACCACCUGCUUCCAAGUGGGAAGUUCCUUCUGGGUGGACCUCAGAGUGAUGCAGGACUGACAGGUCGUAAGAUCAUAGUGGACACCUAUGGAGGGUGGGGAGGGCAUGGUGGAGGGGCCUUCUCUGGAAAGGACUACUCUAAAGUGGACCGCUCUGGGGCCUAUGCAGCCCGCUGGGUGGCCAAGUCUCUGGUGAAAGCCAAGCUCUGCCGGAGAGCCUUGGUUCAGGUUUCGUAUGCCAUCGGUGUGGCUCACCCUCUGUCCAUCUCUGUGUUCCACUAUGGAACUUCCACCAGGGAGGAGGAUGAACUGCUGCAGAUCGUCAACAACAACUUUGACCUCAGGCCUGGGGUAAUUGUCAAAGAGCUGGGUCUGAAGCGGCCUAUCUACCAGUCCACUGCCUGCUAUGGACACUUCGGCCGGGACGAGUUCCCCUGGGAGAAGCCCAAGCCACUGCAGUUCUGAUGGAAACAACCACUCUUAUCACCUGGCUGUUUUUUGUAAAUCUGACUGAAAAAUAACACUAUCAGAUAAAAAGUGUAAAGCCUUUCUCUUUAUGAUUGAACAUGUAAUUGUCAACUGUGAAUCAUGGGCCAAAUUCUAUCUUUUAUCUUACUGAAAAUAUAAAUUGACGUUUCAGCAACACUG